CGAAAGCUUACCCCAGGACUCCUCCCCUUUGGCCCCUUGCCUUGGUGAUGAUCUAACCGACUCGGAUGAUUAUCAUGCAAGGCGUGUGUAUCUUGGGUCUCACGCCUGGAAGCAGGUGACGAGAUGGACCCCUCAGUGGGUGUCAAGAGAUAAAUACGUUUGGGUUUUAUCCCGCGUGAUUUCUCAGGAUCCCUUUGAGGCAGUACAAGCACGGAAAGCGGAGAUGUAUAAGAGCAUUGUGCCUCCCGCCAACGGUCUGCGUCGUUGUAUACCCUUUUCCACUCUACUCCAUACUUCCUCUCGCACUUUCCCAUCCGUCGUCAACGCUUCAGCGAGAACGACGUGGAAUCGUCCUUUCAGAUACCCAAAUUGUACCCCGAGUUACGCUUCGCGAUACUCCACCAUGCCUACGCCAACCAUCAAACUGAGCAGCGGCUAUGAAAUGCCCCAAGUGGGCUUUGGAUUGUGGAAAGUCGCCAACGAGACGUGUGCUGACACCGUCUACAAUGCCAUCAAGGCUGGAUACAGAUUGCUCGAUGGUGCUUGUGACUACGGCAACGAGAAGGAAUGCGGCGAGGGCGUAGCCAAGGCCAUAAAAGAAGGCAUUGUAAAGCGCGAGGACCUCUUCAUUGUAUCCAAGCUAUGGCCGACCUUCAACGACCCCGAGCAAGUGGCGCCCGUGGUCAAGAAGCAGCUGGGCGACUGGGGCAUCGAAUACUUCGACCUGUACCUGAUGCACUUUCCCGGUGCGCUCAAGUACGUUGACCCGUCGGUCCGGUACCCACCGGGCUGGCACUACGAUGGCAAAUCCGAAAUCGUGCGGUCCAAGACGACGAUCCAGGACACGUGGCGGGCCAUGGAAGGGCUCGUGGACGCCAAAUUGGCCAAGAGCAUCGGCAUCUCCAACUUCCAGGCGCAGCUCAUCUACGAUAUGUUGCGGUACGCGCGCAUCCCGCCUGCGACCCUGCAGAUCGAGCACCACCCGUACCUGGUGCAGCAGGAGCUGCUCAACCUGGCCAAGAACGAGGGCAUUGUCGUCACGGCCUACAGCAGCUUCGGCCCGGCCUCGUUCCUCGAGUUCGACUUCAAGCACGCCAAGGCCCUCGUCCCUCUCAUGAAGGACGACAUCAUCACGAGCAUCGCCGCCAAGUACGGCAAACAGCCCAGCCAGAUCCUGCUACGGUGGGCCACCCAGCGCGGGCUGGCCGUCAUCCCCAAGACGAGCCGCGUCGAGGUCAUGGCCCAGAAUUUGGACUGCACCGGCUUUGACUUGGAGAAGGAGGACUUGGACAAGAUCACGGCCAAGGAUAGCGGCAUUCGCUUCAACCAGCCUUCGAACUAUUUCAAGACCGACAUGAUGUGGAUCUUCGGCUGAAGGAAGGCAUUGUUGCCUUUGGGCUCGGCGGGGCCAUUUGGUCCGACAGGGCAAUUACUCAAACAUACCCAUAUUGUUCCCUGCGUUGGGCGGGAUUGGUUCACCCACAUCAUCAUCCAUGCUGGGUUGGGAGCACAUUUGAUAGAAUUAUCUAGACUGGCUCAUCCGUUCUUGUAUCGUAGUCUGGUCAUUGAUGGCAUUGCUUGAUCCUAGUUAUGAAACGCAUAUAUGCCGGGGCGCAAACCCACA